AUAAGUGCCAGUUCCAAAGAUAGAACCUUGUGAACUUUGCUGGCGCUGUCGUUAGCGUGUGUAGUACGGUAACGCGAAGUACGGUAAACCGCCAGCAAGUGGAUGGGCGGCUGAACGCUGUCAGUUGUACAGGAGAGAGCAGCUGGGGCAGCAACUCAAACAGGAUGGCCGUGCUCAAGGUAUUGUUUUGCACUUCUCUCAGGCUGCAGACGACACUGUCUGGCAGCAGACGACACCUGAGGACAUACCCGAAGUAUGCCAAGGUUUUGGUCAGUCAGCGAGACAUCACAACAUCGACGACAACAACUCCUUUCCCAGAGUUCGAAGGGGUGCCCAGCAUUAAAACACAUGACGAUUUGUACAGAUUCAGCUUGGAGAACCCCGAUGUGUUUUGGGGGAAAUUGGCUCGAUCCAGGUUAAAAUGGUUCCAUGACUUCCAUAAAGUGAAAGAUUGUGACAUGACAGAUGGAAAAAUACAAUGGUUCGAAGGCGGCAAGCUCAAUGCGUCGGUGAACUGUGUGGACCGCCACCUGGAGACUCGGCAGAACCAGGUGGCGCUCAUCUGGGAGAAGGACGAGCCAGGCACACAAGAGACGGUCACAUAUGGUGAGCUAUCUGUCAUGGUGAACCAGAUGGCCAACAUGCUACGCCACAGUGGGGUGGACCGCGGUGACCGAGUGGCCAUCUAUCUGCCCAAGUCCCCCGUAGCGGUGACGGCCAUGUUGGCCUGUGCCCGGAUUGGUGCAGUGCACAAUGUCGUGUUUGCAGGCUUCAGCGCAGAGGCCCUGGCAGGAAGAAUCCAAGAUGCGAAUGCUGAAACUGUGAUUACUGCCGACCAGGGACUUCGAGGAGGGAAAAUCAUCGGGCUCAAGAAAACCGUGGAUGCUGCCGUCCAGAAGUGUCCGAGCGUCAAACGUGUGUUCGUGUAUCAGCGCACAGGGGCUGAUGUCCCCAUGGGCAAACUGGACAUUCCCCUUGAGAAGGCAUUAAGCGGUGAGUCAAAGUUUUGCAAAGCCUCCGAGAUGGGAAGUGAGGACCCCCUGUUCAUGUUGUACACAUCUGGCAGCACUGGAAAACCCAAAGGCUUAUCUCACUCAACCGCAGGCUACCUCCUCUACACCAAUGUUACCUUCAAGCAUGUCUUUGACUACCAGGACGGUGAAGUGUUCGGCUGCGUUGCGGACAUUGGGUGGAUCACAGGACACAGCUAUGUGGUGUACGGACCCCUCUCUAACGGGGCAACAACCCUGCUGUUUGAGAGCACACCCAUAUACCCUAACCCAGGUCGGUACUGGGAGAUGGUGGAGAGAUUAAAGCUGAACCACAUCUAUCUGGCACCCACUGCACUACGACUGCUGCUCAAGUCGGGAGACUCCUGGGUGAACAAGUAUGACCGAUCUUCACUGCGGAAACUAGGGUGUGUUGGCGAGCCACUCAACCACGAAGCCUGGGAGUGGUACUACUCCAUAGUGGGAGAGAAGAGAUGUGAUAUCAUUGACACCUGGUGGCAGACAGAGACUGGGGGCAUCAGUCUGGCUCCAAGACCAUCGGCUCCUGGUGCUGAAAUCAAACCUGCCAUGCCAAUGAGACCAUUUUUCGGCAUUGAACCUGUUCUCAUGGACAACAAGGGUCAGGAGUUGACAAGGAAUGAUGUCACAGGGGCCCUGUGCAUCAAGAGGCCGUGGCCCGGAAUGACCCGCACCAUCUAUGGUGACCACGACCGAUACCAGGACACAUACUUCAAGCCCUACCCUGGGCUGUACUUUUCGGGUGAUGGUGCACACAGGACUGAUGAGGGAUACUACCAGAUUACAGGCAGGAUGGACGAUGUCUUGAAUGUCACUGGCCACAGACUGGGCACAGCAGAGAUUGAAGAUAUUAUUACAGAACACCCUGACAUCGCAGAAGCCGCAGUGGUUGGCUUCCCACAUGAAAUCAAGGGAGAAGGUGUGUAUGCCUAUGUGACGCUGAAGGAUGACGUGAAGAUGUCCAAGAAGGAGAUCUGUGAGCAGCUCAAGGUCAUUGUGAAGACCAACAUUGCGGCUUAUGCUGUGCCAGAUGUAAUACUGGUAACACCAAACUUGCCAAGAACUCGAUCAGGUAAGAUAAUGCGACGCAUAUUAAGAAAAAUCGCUGCAGACAAGCUGGAUGAACUUGGAGACGUGUCAACCCUUGCUGAGCCCGAUGUUGUUGAUACCAUCAUCAAGAUCCACAACCAACUCACAACCUCCGGGAACUAAUCCAGAGAAGUGCUACAUUGAUUGUGACUUCACUGAUCAUGGAAUACCAUAGCCUUGAUACUGGAGGCAAGAGAUCUGACAUUUAGAAACCAUGUUGAAUAGGGUUGGUGGGAUGGAGAGAAUAAGAGGAGGGUUAAAUAGAAAAAAACCCAUAAACAUUAAAACCACAUAUCUUCAUAGUGUCAUUAAAAACAGUGGAUGGGGAUUUUGUUGUUAAAUAAUGGUAAUGUUAUAUGUAAUCUCAUUAAAAUCAGAUCUUAGUUCUCGCUACCGCUAAACAAAGAUCUGAGGACAUCCCAUUUGGGGUGACGUCAGAACGACCUUUCAUCCGACCAAUCAGAGCAUCGCUUACCAGAUCAUGAAAGUGACAGUCGGAAUGUGAUUCCUAAUCAUGCAGCCUCGAAAACUUUAACACGGGGUAUUCCGAACAAUAGUUACGGGCUUAAGGACUGAAUCCAUACAGUCUAGACCAUCUGUUAGCCAUUCCAGAAUGUUCUUUUGUUCAGGUUUCAAAUUUUUAAGCGAGAAUUUGUCAAAAUAUGUUUCGAAGCGUAGUCGUCAAUUUGAAAUUAGUGCCGUACGCAUGAGAAAGC